AUGAGCAAAGAAGCUAUUCUGGAAAAACCGACGAAUUCGUCCGGGGACGAUUUCGACGACGGCGCGCUCGCGACGUCCUCGUCCUCGUCCUCUACUCCCGAGAAAAACUUCGACACAUUUCCCGAAGAAAAAGAAGAAGAAAAGGAGGAGGAGGAGGAGGAGGAGACGACGGCACACACGGCUCCACCGAACGCGGUUAAAUCGAUGAACAAAGAUGACGACGAUGAUGUGGACGAUUUGCCGCGCUUCAAUUUCCGACGAGUGUUGACGCACAAAGAAUCGCACAGAUUGGCCAAAGGCAUCAAGAGUUCCUCGGCUUUGCCAAAAAGUGGUUGUUACGUGCACUAUUGCGUGUAUUGCGGCGGCGAGAGAGGAUGCCCGAUUGGAAUGAGUUACAAUAAAUUCACUCGCGAAAUCAUGUGCUGGAGUUUGAACACGUAUCCGUUCGGGUGUUGUUCGCUACCGAUGCAGCGCGAUUGGAAGGAGUACGUGUCGAUUAAGAACGAUAUCAAAGUUGUGGUCAUCGAUAAGGAGACGAACACGUUGGCGUGCUUUAGCGGCGUGCAGUGCUGUUAUUGCCAGCCUCUUUUUGACUCUUGA